CAUCCCCACUUGUUGGCCGGCUGCCGCGCCCCCUGCGUCGGAGAAGGACAAAGUCUUUGAGCAGGGUCGCUAUACGGCCUCUCAGCCGAGGUGCCGGUGGAGCAGCGGAACCGAGAGCGCGCGCCGCUACCGCCGCCAUUUUAGAGGGCCGCCAUGUUCUCGUCCGUCGCGCCGCUCGCCCGCCUAAACCCAUUCCACGCGCCCCAUUUGCAGCUGCUCCAGGACGGCGUGAGGAAGCGCCCGGACCCCACCGAGCCGCCCAGCCCCCGGAGGAGCCUGGCGGCUGCCGCUGUCGCCGAAGAGGAAUACAGUUGUGAAUAUGGCUCGCUCAAGUUUUAUGCUCUCUGUGGUUUUGGUGGGGUCCUAAGUUGUGGCCUGACGCACACUGCAGUCGUACCUCUGGAUUUAGUGAAAUGUCGUAUCCAGGUGGACCCACAAAAAUACAAAAGCAUCUUCAAUGGAUUCUCAGUUACAGUUAAAGAAGAUGGCUUUCGUGGUCUGGCUAAGGGAUGGGCUCCAACCUUUUUUGGAUACUCAAUGCAAGGGCUCUGCAAAUUUGGUUUCUAUGAAGUGUUCAAAGUUCUGUAUGGCAACAUUCUAGGAGAGGAGAAUGCAUAUUUGUGGCGUACAUCACUCUACUUGGCUGCCUCUGCCAGUGCAGAGUUUUUUGCUGAUAUUGCUCUGGCUCCAAUGGAAGCUGCAAAGGUUCGCAUCCAGACCCAGCCUGGAUAUGCUAACACUUUGAGACAAGCUGCUCCAAAAAUGUUUGCAGAAGAAGGUGUAUGGGCGUUCUACAAAGGUGUUGUUCCUUUGUGGAUGAGACAGAUUCCAUACACAAUGAUGAAAUUUGCCUGCUUUGAACGUACAGUUGAAGCUCUCUACAAGUAUGUGGUUCCGAAGCCCCGGAGUGAAUGUUCCAAGCCAGAACAAUUGGUUGUCACAUUUAUAGCUGGCUACAUUGCUGGUGUUUUCUGUGCCAUUGUUUCUCAUCCUGCUGACUCUGUGGUGUCUGUGCUGAACAAGGAAAAGGGCAGUUCGGCUUCACAGGUUCUUGUGAGGCUUGGAUUCAAAGGGGUAUGGAAGGGUCUGUUUGCUCGUAUUAUUAUGAUUGGUACGCUGACUGCACUACAGUGGUUCAUCUACGAUUCUGUCAAGGUUUAUUUCAGACUUCCUCGUCCACCUCCACCUGAAAUGCCAGAAUCCCUAAAGAAGAAGCUGGCUCUAACUGAAUAGACAAAUCAUGGACUGACUUUUCUGGUUGACCAGCAUUAAUGAGAAACUAUGCUCAUUAAACUUUUAUAUAUUUGACCAUGUAGGAAACUAAAAUUCUGUAACUGAUACAAUUAUUGGUUGUGCCCUUAUCCCAAGUGAGGGUUCAAAAACUUCUGUUGUCAUUAUCUGUUUAAAUAAAUGGGAACUAGAGUGA